CUUGCGGAAACGUGGCUGCGGGUUGCUAGGGCUUUUGCUUACCGAAGGCGAGAGGGGGGAAGCGCUCUAGAGCGAGCGGAGGCUCGAGUACUCGAAUUGGUAAUGGCGGACGAUGAUUACGAUGGCGUCGACAUGGGCUAUGAAGAUGAGCCACCAGAACCAGAAAUUGAGGAUGGAAUGGAGGAGGAACAAGAAAAUAACAAUGAAGAUGGCCUAGAUGAUCUCGUGGGUGAUGCUGAAGAAAAAGAGCAAGAAACGGUUGAACGGCCUAGAAAAACAACAAAGUAUAUGACAAAAUAUGAACGUGCUAGAAUUCUUGGCACACGGGCUUUACAAAUUAGCAUGAAUGCUCCAGUGAUGGUUGAGUUAGAGGGUGAGACUGAUCCUUUGGAGAUUGCAAUGAAGGAACUUCGUGAGCGCAAGAUUCCAUUUACCAUCCGACGAUAUUUACCAGACGGGAGUUACGAAGACUGGGGGGUGGAUGAACUGAUAGUAGAGGAUUCCUGGAAGCGCCAAGUUGGUGGUAAUUAACCUGAUAACGUUGGAAUCUAAGUUAAUCCCAACUUAUGUUAUUAAGUUGGAGUAGAUAUGUGUUUAUGGAAGGAUUACAAUAUUCACAUGAUGUAGUAGAAUUUUAUCAAUGUGGUUCUGCAGUUUGGGUGGCUGUAAUAUCAAAGUGGCUAGUAAAAGCUUAAUUUUGUUUGUAUAAUUACAUGUUUUAUUUUUCAAACUAAACAAUAAUAACGGAGCCUUAUUCUA